GAGCAUUAUUAAACUAAAUCAGUUAAUUACAAUUAUCCGAUUCUUCUUUCUUGUUAUAUCCAUCCUGACAUAAAUUUUAUUCAGACGAAAAAAGUUAAGAAAAGAAAAAAAAAAGCCCUUGUCGAAUGGUCAAAAACAAAAGAAAGAAGGACGAGUGUAUAGCCAGGUCAUUCCUAAGUACACGGUUGGUCUAGUAUUUCAUACAAAUCCUUAAUUUCUAUUUUUGACAAUUGUUUCCUUGUUGAUUUCUAUAUAAAUGUACAUCCACAUUUUUUCACAUUCACUGCCCUCUUUGCUUCCUCUUUCUUCUUCUCCUCCUAGUAUAAUCAUCAUCUAGUUUUUAUCUCCUUUUUCCUCCUCUGUUUUCCUUUUUUUGUUCCUUUUUAUUUGAGGGAAUUCUUUUGCAGGAGAGCCAACGUUUACAAUGCCGGCUAUAAUAAUUGCCAACAAGAAUGGAGAUUAUCCGGAGUAUGAUGGCAAGAUUACAGUUACUGUCAUCAUUUGUGUGAUCAUCGCUGCUUGUGGUGGCCUUAUGUUUGGCUAUGAUAUUGGUGUUUCAGGCGGAGUUACAGCCAUGGAUGACUUCUUGGAAAAAUUCUUUCCUAGUGUGUAUGAAAGAAAGAAGCAUGCUUUGGAAAAUAACUAUUGUAAAUAUGAUAACCAGUAUUUGCAAUUGUUCACUUCUUCCUUGUAUAUUGCGGCUCUUAUAGCCAGCUUUUUCGCUUCAAAAACCUGUACAAAGUUUGGCAGGAAGCCCACCAUGCAGUUGGCGUCCAUUUUCUUUAUUGUAGGGGUUGUUUUAAGUGCCCUUGGAGUCAAUAUCGAAAUGGUGAUCGUUGGAAGGGUUCUUCUCGGCUUUGGUGUUGGUUUUGCCAAUCAGGCAGUGCCACUGUUUCUAUCAGAGCUAGCACCCGUCAAGAUGCGUGGUGCCCUUAACAUUUCGUUCCAACUCUUUGUAACAAUUGGGAUCUUGAUUGCCAAUCUUGUUAACUACUACACAGGCAAAAUUCACCCACAUGGAUAUAAAAUUUCCCUUGGACUUGCUGGUGUACCAGCUUUAAUGCUAGGCUUAGGUUCUUUACUUAUUGUUGAGACUCCAACAAGUCUCGUGGAGCGCAAUAGAAUAGAGGAAGGUAGAGCAGUGCUUAAGAAGAUCAGAGGCGUAGACAAUGUUGAUCUUGAGUUUGAUUCGAUUGUCCAUGCCUGCGAGAUGGCUAGGCAAGUGACCGAUCCAUAUCGCAAACUCAUGAAAAGACCAAGCAGGCCACCACUAGUCAUUGCCAUCUUGUUACAGAUUUUCCAGCAAUUCACUGGAAUUAAUGCCAUUAUGUUCUAUGCACCUGUUCUCUUUCAAACUGUAGGAUUUGGAAAUGAUGCCUCUCUGCUUUCAUCUGUCGUGACUGGGCUCGUCAAUGUUCUUAGCACCGUAGUUUCAAUUGUCGUUGUGGAUAGGGCUGGAAGAAGGAUCCUACUUCUUGAAUCUUGUGUACAAAUGCUUAUUACUCAGACUAUCAUCGGAGCUCUCCUGCUGAAAGAUUUAAAACCCACCGGCGAACUACCAAGUUCAGAAGCAAUGGUAGUGGUGGUCAUGGUUUGUAUAUAUGUAGCUGGCUUUGCGUGGUCAUGGGGACCUCUCGGUUGGUUAAUUCCGAGUGAAACUUUCCCACUUGAGACAAGAACAGCAGGGUACUCUUUCGCUGUCAGCUCCAAUAUGCUGUGCACAUUUAUCAUCGCACAAGCUUUCUUGUCCAUGCUGUGCUCAAUGCAAGCAGGGAUUUUCUUCUUCUUCGCUGCUUGGAUUGUAGUGAUGAUGUUGUUCGCUUACUUUUUCAUCCCGGAAACAAAGGGAGUGCCUGUUGACGUCAUGGUUGAGAGAGUGUGGAAGCAGCAUUGGUUCUGGAAGAGAUUCUUUGAUGGUGAAGAAAAGGAAGUCGAGCAAAAACCUAAAAUGAUUCAUCCACAGCUGACAUGAACAAAUUGAGACGAAACAAUAGGAUAAUUUGUCUUUCUUGGGUUAAUUUUAUGUUGUUUAUGUUCAUUCUUGAAGCAUUCUUCAAAAAUCAAAAAUGAAAAACACGUACCAAUCGUUUUAACUUUGAAUUUUCAACCUGUGGAAUUCAUUCAUUCAUAGUGAUUCGUCAAGCGUACAUGUAACAGUAACCGUUUGUACAUGUCAAACUAUAGACAAAAGCUCACUUUGGCUUCUCA